AUGACCCUGACCCUUCGCCACCUCAGAGCACUUCUUGAGAACUAUGGGUCCAUCCCUGAUGACCUUCGAAAGACAGCGUGGCGGUUCAUGCUUGCGCUGCCCAACGACGUAGACUAUUAUGACAGCCUGGUGACUAGAGGCAUACACAAAGAUGCACACAGUCUCUCCAGGCUUUUCCCUAUCAGUGACCGCAGGCUCCUUGUUAGGCUCCAGAAAACAUGUACAGCACUCUACUACUGGUCACCAGACCUGGCAUCGGUGUCAUGGCUUGCGCAGUUUGUGUUUCCUUUCGUGAAGUUCUGGGAGCGAGAUACAGUUGCUGCUUUUGAAACGUGCGUAAUCCUUCUUUCUACUUAUCAAUCUUGGCUGCAGUUUCGCGACGUUCCUCCAAAUAGAGAGGUUGUCUUUGUCGAUGCCAUAAGCGCCAAGUACACUAACAGUAACGGAGUUGGCACAGAGAGACCGGCAGACUGGGCCUGGAGGCUCUUCAUUGGCCUGUUUACAGACCAAUUAUCUGGCGAUGAAUGGUUGAGGUUUUGUGAUCAUUGGUUUUGCGACGGACAUCGUAUCUUUCUGUACGCUGCUUUAGCUGCUUUUCCCGUGGUAGUCCCCCCACGCUAUUUAGCUGAAUCACUAUCUGCACCGUAUCACGGUUUUUCUAUUACUGAAUUCCUAAAGCGCACAAAAGAGAUCAUCAACAUGCUUAAGCGGCAGCAGCGGCAGCAGGGGCUCUAUCCACCUGCCUACCAUGACACAGAUGGAGCUCUAUCUUGUCCAGACUCUGCCACUGAGGAGGAUAUGGCAUCUUUUCUGCGAUCUCGAUUUACGCUCAUACCUACAUCUGGAAUGCAACACAUGAGUUCCAUCGCUUUGCCAAGAAUGACUAUACUAGAUUACAAUCAGGAUUUGAAGCUAAUAGAGCAGGAGCAAAAGGAAUUCGUCAAUAUUAUGAAGCGCGCCCACUUUCGUGACAUGGCAGAUGACCCUCUUGACACUAGAUACUCUGACACCACAAUCAGCAGAAGCAUAGACUCUGAUCUAUCUCAACAUGGCAUGCCAACUAAAGCACAGCGGGCGAUUGAUGUGAGUAGGUCAGGAGUAACUAACCUUAGAUCGUCUGGACUCACAAGCACCGUGUUUCCUAACAAAGUGCAAAGUACUCAAACAGUUGCACGCAAUCUUGGAGAUACUGGGAACACCACGCAAGCAGCUGCAGUUCAGGAUGGGUUAGCGCGCUCUGUUUGUUCGGCUAAAUCUUACAGACAGGGUACGACGACUUGCGAGCCACCUUCGCCUGCUGUCAACGAUAAUGCCGAUCAUGAAUUAGGUUCAACGUUUACCAUCUCUGCAUUUAAGCCCAGAUCUCAGCGCCUCGAUCAAUCCGGUAGAGCAGUGCAAACAGAGGACAUUGAAUUUAUUCCAGUCAGCUCUUCGAAGUCCCAGCAGAUAGCUGAACACAUUGCACGAGAAAUGGCCCAGGAAGUAGCAACCACAGAUGUGCAUGUACGCGAAGCUACUAGUGCCAUAGAAGGCGAUCUGCGUGAAAGACGGUCGGUCCAUCCUGCGGUUCAAAAGCAAGACUCGGUUACCUAUAGAGGGGCCAUCAAUGAUGCAAAUGGAUUUGUGGUAAAUCUGAGCGAACAGGCUCGAAAACGCUCAGAAUCCGAUAAGAGGAACAAGCAGCUUAUUGGAAACGCGGUUCAGCAUGCCCUUUUGAAAGGUAUCACGGCGGUCAGAAGCUGCUCCAGGAAAGAACGGGGGUCACGGGCUGCAGACCUUCCGUUGAAGCAGGAACCUGGGACCAGUUCUAUCGGGCCAGCACGCGCCAGGAGCACCGAGUUUGACCUACCACCCCAACCGGAGUCUACAUUGUGCCAAGUUUGUGAAGAUCGCGGAGUGUAUGAUCCACGCCCAGGAGAAUCUCCUAAAUGCAGGCAAACUGCAAGCAAUGAACAAGUUAAGCCUUUGACUAAUCAACAAAAGGUGUCCUCAAGACCAGUAUCAAUUUCUGUACAGACUCCAUUGUCUAGGAGUGCCCCAAAGGCCCUUCCAACACGCUGUAUUGAGCACAUAACUGUGGAAACACAAACACCACGAGCCACUUCCAGAACGCCCAAAACGCAAGUUAAAAGCACCGGAGUACCGUAUCAGCUACGUCAGCGCCAGCUCCAGCGUCAGCAACUACAGCAACCUAAAAGACCUGCAACAGGAUCCAAGGUCAGUCAACCCAAGCGCACAGUAUGCUCUGUAGAUAGGUCCGUUGCUGCUUCAAGAGCACAAUCACUUAAAACCUCUGUGGGAGUUCAGCAUGUGAGUAUGCGUAGCACAACCAGCGACACAGAAGAGACGCAGGAGCUUGUUAAUAAGGUUGACAUGCUCCUCAACACAGACCGCCUUGCUCCACGGAGAGAGUUGCUUGAAUUGGAGCGGGCUCCCAGAGACACUCUUCUGGACCUUAUCGAUACCUUGGAUCGUCAAGUAGCAUCUGCUGAUCCGUCUACAUACGCUCUCCGGGAUUCAAUACCGUCAAGCAAUGGCUCUGAUCUCAUUGCAGAAAAGCUUGGAGUUGACCCCCAGCUUGAGUAUACUCACCCCGAAGCACGCCCAGUGAUCAAGAGCGCCUACCUUAGCGAGUGUGAGGAAGAUCUACUACAUUAUCCCCAGCCUCCACAAACACUACAUCCCGUUGAUAGCGUUCGCUUUGUCUCCGCCUCUUCAAAAACCCCGGUGUCUCAGCAGACAACUGCUCCCUCUAUUAGCACGACUGCUAGUAGAGGCAGGGCUUUAGGUGAUUCAUCGAUGGGUGAUGCAACAGGAGUAUCUCAUAACUCUAUCAGUUCAUUGGCCCAACAACUUCCUUACCAAAUCCCAUUGGUAGCCCCACAAAGCAACUUGCGUAUCACAAUACCAUCUGUUUCUGCAGCUCGCGGUUCCGAAGGCGGAAGCACGUCCCCCUAUACAAAUUCUGAUAAUACCCAAAAGCCUAGCGUCAGUUUCAUGCUUCCAGAGAGCACAGAACCGCAAGACACAUAUAGGUCUAUCUUAGCGCGCCGCAGUGCUCUCGAGAGUAUUUCCGUUUCAUCUACAGCGAUAGAGCCGCUGCAUCUCAGUGUUCAUCCUGUACCCCAUCGAGCCUCCUACCAGCCAGAGCCAGGGUUUCCACUGGCAGCCAAUGAAAAAGACUUGACGAUAAGCUCUGUGCAGGAACCCAUACUUGCACCAGAUGCUCACCAGGGUAAGCAGGCUCAUUCCCAUUCACAGCCUGAGUUUUCACGAAACUAUCUAGAGACAACGACAUCUACCUUCUUACCACAACCAUCGGUGUCCUUGCAUGCCUCAACCUCACAACCACUUGGAACUCAACUGCCUUCGCACUCUACUUCCUUGCCUAUUCCGUCUCGUAGUGCCUCGAGAACAGGAUCAGUACCGCCUCAAAAUCCUCGUACAAAUAGCCAGACACCUAGACAGAUUGGGAUGCAUCGGCCAGAGAAAUCCGACUCUCAGAUAACGAAGGUGACAGGAGUAGAUAACAUGGGGUAUGAAAAUAGUAAUACGUACGCAGCCACCAUGACCAAUUAUGAGAAGAGCGCAGGGAGCAUGCUUCAGACCCAGAAGAACCAGUUGCCUGUGCAAGUGAUUAUCCAAGAUAGGGAUCAGAGCUAUACCCUUGGCAACAAGGAUAUAGAAACGCUUGAAGAUAGCGGAUCAAAUGACCUUAACUUAAAAGGCACUGCCAGAGACUUGCUACAGUCUGUGCGGCGCAAGUUAGGGGAGUUCAACGAGGUAGAUGAUCCCUCUUUUUCUACUGUCACAAGCGGAACAGACAAAUCAUCAACGCGACCAUUCAAUGGGCUGCUGUCAUCAGCGGCUCGACUCGGUGAGACAAGCAUGAUCGACUUGCAAGGUACCAAACACACAUUUCAAUCUAAUAGGCAGAUGAAGUCUGAGGACUACUCUGCCCUUGAAGAUCCAAUAGUGGACGUCGAUUCACCGUAUCACCAAGACCAGACGCCUGCGCGGGCAAUACGACACUCAACGACAGACCAGCAGAACCUUGCAUGGAGCAGUGCUGUAGUAGACCCGAGCGUACUCGAGAUGUUAUGUGACCAUACGUCACCUGCAUCCAACACGAUGUAUAGCAAUGUCAGGGGGUAUUGUAACCAAGUCGAUAGUACAUUGGCCAACCUCAAGCAAGGCAUAGAUGAUGUGCUUAACAAAGCGAAUCAUUCUGAUGUCGUAGGGUGA